CGCCCUUAAAGGAAAACAAGAGAAGCAAAUGGACUACAGGCAGCAAGCAGUGAUCAAAUGGCAAUAUUUGAAGUGAGGAGCUUGAAAAUGGGACCCGUUGCCAGGUCGCUCGCUCUGCUGUGUUUGUCUUCUUUGGGCUUCUGCGUUCCUGCCAGGACACCGCACCCAACACAGUUGCCUUUUGCAGAUGACAAAAAUUCUAGAGGAGACCUUCCUGACAUUCUUCCAACAUCAGAAUUGGAGCCCACAAACGCCGCGUCAGACUUUGAAACCUCUUACAACUAUGUUUUGUUCAGACUGGCCCGGAUGGAUCAGGCCAUUCACAAGCUCAACGUGGGCCACUACACUCUGGAUGUCAGCAUGGAUCAGCUAAUCGAGCGUCUGUCCAGGAUGGAUGCCAAGGUGGCAGAGAUGGAGGACAAAAUCCAAGAAGUCUACCAACACAGCAAAGACAAUCGCAAAGAGACCGGAAGACUGGAAGGUUGCCAGAAGGGCCUGCGGGUGGGCUACAAAUGUUACCUCGUGUACCACAUCUAUGAGGACUACGCGGGCGCUUCCAGGAAGUGCCUGGAACGCGGAGGUCGCAUGGCAAUGCCUCGAGACCGCCGCGAGCAGGAGGCCCUCGCCGACUAUGUCAAGUCUUUCUUGCGGUCGGGCAAUUGGCCCGUGUGGCUUGGCGUCAACGACCUGGCGGUCGAGGGUGUGUAUAUGUUUGACGACGGCACGCCCGUCUCCUACUUCCAGUGGCGCAGGCACUUCCUGUCCAGUCAGCCGGACGGUGGCAAGCGCGAAAACUGCGUGGCCAUGGCGUCCGAUGACGGCGACUGGUGGGACCACUAUUGCGACAGGGCCAUGAACUACAUGUGCGAGUUUGAGGACAGGGUGGUGCUUUAGAUGAAAUCGUCGCUUUUCAUUUGAACCCUAAACUGGAUACAAAUUGGCCAUUCGUCACCAAGGUGAAAGCUCCAUGGGCCUAGUCUAAAAAAAUAACUACACAAUUAAACAUACCAACAAUGGUUUUCUCUUAUUGUUAGCUGCCUACCAGCGGUGCCGGCCCCACUGGCCCGGUUCGUAAUAUGGCCCUGGCUGCGGGGCAAAAAUACACGUACACGUAAAACACUGGACUAACGAUGUGAAUUGAUGGUGGGCGGAUGUUUUGAAUUGCUUUGUCGCUCUCUCGUGGUGAAUGUUUGAAUCACAUGCUUAACAUCCGCCACAGUCCAGCGUUUGUGUCGUUUUCCCCCGCAGACUAGGAUAUAUUUUGUUUCCUUUCUUAGAUUUUUUGCCUCUAUGAUUACUCCAUUCGCAAGACCAAGUUUUUUUUUUACAAUUGUAUUCAAAUAAAGCCUGGGCUUGAUAGAUGGACGCCGUUUUUGUGGUGUGCCACUAGAUGGCAGAAACUGUGCGUUAAACUGGAUAUCAUUGAAUAAAUGCUCCGACAGCAUUCCAUAAGCGUGUUAUUUGAUACAUCUGGUUUGUGUAACUGAGCUGCACUCAAGAAUAAUCCACAAAGGCGCCCGCCUUGACAACCGAGAAGGUAAAGGAGGCUUUACAGACUAGUCUGCGGUUAUCCACAAAGCUGGAAAUACUCUCUCCGUCGAGCUAUAAUUAAUUCACAUUCUAAUGAAGUAGGUUUUUUCAAAUGCUGUAGUGCAAAUGAAAGAAAGAUAGCAAAAUGCAUCAAUUGUCUUGAUUGCACAAGUACUUGAGUAAUAAAGUCUAUUCCAAAA